AUGCGUGGAAUCUUCAGCGUAUCGCUUUUGCCGCUAUUGGUCUCUGCGGCACCAACAUUCAGCACCGAAACCAUUCACGAGGGCGUUGCUCCUCUCCUUUCAUCAGCAAACUCUGUAGAGGUUCCAGCCUCCUACAUUGUUGUAUUCAAGAAGCACGUCACCGCCGCAUCUGCCAGUGAGCAUCACAGCUGGGUUCAAGACAUCCACUCAAAUGGCGAAGCUCAACGAACCGAGCUCCGAAAGAGAGGUCAAUUCCCAAUUACCACCGAUAUCUUCGAGGGUCUCAAGCACACAUACAACAUUGGCAGUGACUUCUUGGGUUACUCCGGUCACUUUGAUGACUCGGUCAUCGAGGAGGUCCGCAGACAUCCUGAUGUCGAAUAUGUUGAGAAGGAUUCCGUCGUACACACAUUAGAAGACCCAUCGGGCGAGGUCGAGAAGAGCGCUCCUUGGGGUUUGGCUCGUAUCUCCCACAGAGAUACCUUGACCUUCAGCACAUACAACAAAUACUUGUAUGCCGCUGAUGCUGGUGAGGGAGUCGAUGCUUAUGUUAUCGACACUGGAACCAACACUGAACACGUUGAUUUCGAAGGUCGUGCACAAUGGGGCAAGACCAUCCCAACUGGCGAUGCCGAUGAGGAUGGAAACGGACACGGAACUCAUUGCUCCGGUACCGUUGCUGGUAAGAAAUAUGGUGUUGCCAAGAAGGCCAAUGUCUACGCCGUCAAGGUCCUCAGAUCAAACGGUUCCGGUACUAUGGCAGAUGUUGUAAAGGGUGUUGAAUGGGCUGCCAACGCCCACACCGAAAAGGUUAAGAAGGGAAAGAAGGGCUUCAAGGGUUCUGUUGCCAACAUGUCUCUCGGUGGUGGCAAAUCCCCAGCUCUUGACCGUGCCGUUAACGGUGCCGUUGAUGCUGGUAUUCACUUCGCAGUCGCUGCCGGUAACGAUAACGCCGAUUCUUGCAAUUACUCCCCGGCUGCUGCCGAGAACGCCAUCACUGUCGGUGCUUCCGCUCUCGAUGAUUCCCGUGCCUACUUCUCCAACUAUGGUACUUGCAACGACAUCUUUGCUCCUGGUUUGAGCAUUCUUUCAACCUGGAUUGGUAGCAAGUAUGCCGUCAACACCAUCUCCGGUACUUCCAUGGCCUCUCCCCACAUUGCUGGUCUCUUGGCCUACUACCUUUCUCUCCAACCAUCUAGCGACUCUGCUUAUGCCGUUGCUGAGAUCACCCCUAAGAAGUUGAAGGAGAACAUCAUCGCCAUUGCUACUGAGGGUGCUCUUUCUGACGUUCCAUCUAACACCAAGAACGUUCUUGCAUGGAACGGUGGUGGAUCUUCCAACUACAGCUCCAUCAUUAAGGCUGGUGGAUACGUUGCCAAGGCAUCCAAGGAAGUUCCAACAACUGUUGAACUCUUGGAGAAGGCCAUCGAGAACGACUUCAAUGUUCUCUCUGGCAAGGUUGUCAAGGGCACUGAGUCCAUGGUUUCUAAGACCGAGAAGCUUUCCAAGAAGAUUCAAAAGAUGGUUGAUGAAGAAAUCAACGAAUUUUUUGAGGAGUUCAGCUCUUAG